UAUUCUUUGAUAAAGUGGCGGGCAACCGCUCAAACAAACAAAAAAACCUAACGAACACUCUUUGCUGCGACUACAAGGGGAAGUUCGCCUUUACCACUGCGCGUUGAUCUUCCAAGAAAUCCCUAAAUGCAAUGCCACACUCGGAGGAGCAAGAUAAGGAAUGCGAGCUGCGACGGCUAGAGGAGUCCAUACAGGACCGUCCAGACGAUCCCUCCCUCCGCUUCGAACUCGGGGUGUUGCUGUGGGAACAAGAUGAGAAGGAAAAGGCCGCAGAGCAAUUCGUGGUUGCGGCGAAACUAAACCCCGAAAUUGAGAAGGGAGGGGCGUUUAGAUACUUGGGGCUUUAUUACGCCGGGCUCGAAUCACAGUCCCAUGCCCAGAGAGCUCUAAAGUGCUUGCAGAAAGCUGUGUCUCUCAAUCCUGAUGACUCCGUUUCCGGGGAAGCUCUGUGUGAUUUGUUGGACCAGCAAGGGAUAGAGACAUUGGAGGUGGCAGCGUGCAGGGAGGCAUCGCAGAAGUCACCCAGGGCUUUUUGGGCUUUUCAGAGGCUUGGCUACCUGCAGCUCCAUCAGAAUAAGUGCUCUGAAGCCGUGCACAGUCUUCAACAUGCCAUCCGCGGAUAUCCUACCUCUCCAGUUCUGUGGGAGGCUCUUGGCCUUGCCUACCAGCGACUUGGCAGGUUCACUGCUGCUCUCAAGUCGUAUGGAAGAGCCAUUGAAUUGGAGGGUACAAGAAUCUUUGCUUUGAUCGAAAGCGGAAACAUCUAUCUGAUGCUUGGUUCCUAUAAAAAGGGAGUUGAGGCAUUUCAGCAAGCUUUGGAGUUCUCUCCCAAAAGUGUCUCUGCACACUAUGGACUUUCUUCGGGGCUGCUUGGUUUGGCUAAGGAAUGUAUUAAUCUGGGAGCAUUUAGAUGGGGAGCUACAGUUUUAGAGGAGGCAUCUAAAGUUGCCUGGACGAGUACUCAUUUAGCUGGAAAUAUGUCGUCUAUUUGGAAGCUGCAUGGUGAUAUACUGCUUACUUAUGCAAAAUGUUAUCCCUGGAUGGAGGAGGACCGUGGUUUAGAAUUUGAUGUUGGUGCUUUCAAUAAUUCCAUCCUCUCCUGGAAGCAUACCUGCUGUGUGGCUGCAAAAACUGCCAGGUGCUCUUAUCAGCGAGCUUUGCACUUAGCCCCAUGGCAAGCUAAUGCAUACUCCGACAUUGCAGUAACUUCAAAUUUCAUAUACUCUUUAGAUAACAGUUCUGGACAUGACUCAAGUUCUUGGCAGCCAUCGGAGAAGAUGGCUUUGGGGGCCUUGUUACUUGAGGGUGAUAAUUCUGAGUUUUGGGUAGGAUUAGGAUGCUUGUCUAAUCACAAUGCACUGAAACAACAUGCUCUAAUCAGGGGAUUGCAAUUGAAUGUAUCACUAGCUGUUGCAUGGGCCUUCUUAGGGAAGUUGUACAGAAAACAAGGUGAGAAGCAAUUUGCGAGACAAGCAUUUGAUUGUGCUAGAAGUAUAGAUCCUUCUCUUGCUUUGCCAUGGGCUGGCAUGUCGGCUGAUUCUCAUUCUAGGGAGUCUGCAGUAGAUGAAGCUUAUGAGAGCUGCUUACGAGCUGUGCAAAUAUUUCCUCUUGCUGAAUUCCAAAUUGGUCUUGCAAAGCUUGCUCUUGUUUCAGGGCAUCUUUCAUCCUCACAGGUCUUUGGAGCCAUCAAGCAAGCCAUGCAACGUGCACCUCACUAUCCUGAAUGCCAUAAUUUAAAUGGGCUAGUCUCUGAGGCACAGUCCAAUUAUCAGUCUGCUGCUGUUUCUUAUAGACUAGCACGCUGUGCAAUCACUAAUUUGUCAGGCAGUGAUACAAAAUCUCAAAUGAAGGAUAUAACAGUCAAUUUGGCCCGAGCACUUUGUAAGGCAGGGAAUGCUCUAGAUGCUUUGCAGGAAUGUGAGCUUUUGAAGAAAGAAGGGUUACUUGAUGCGGAAUCCUCGCAAAUAUAUGCUUUCUCCUUAUGGCAACUUGGUCAGACUGACCUGGCCCUUACUGUGGCAAGAAAUCUUGCUGAGUGUGUCUCUGCAAUGGAACAAGCAUCUGCAGCUGCCGCUGUUAUUCUUUUCUCUAGAUUCCUAUAUUAUAUUUCUGGACUGGAUUCAACAAUCAAUAACAUUCUCCAGAUGCCAAAGCAACGGUUUCAGAGUUCUAAGUUCAGUUUGAUAGUAUCUGCUAUUCAUGCUCUAGAUCAAAGAAAUCGACUUAAGCCCGUUGGUUCAAGCAUCCGUAACAAUCUGAAAACGCCUGAAGAGAUAACUGAAAUGUUCUUUUUAUUAGCGCUUGGUACACUAGUGAAGCAUGGAUCAGAAUACCGUCUUGGAUAUCAAAAAGGAAUCGAUCACAUUAGAAAGUCUCUUCACAUGUAUCCUAACAGUAGUUUGUUAAGGAAUCUUCUUGGUUAUCUUUUGCUGUCAAGUGAAGAAUGGAAGAAUACCCACAUGGCAACUAGGUGUUGCAGCAUAGGCACUGAUCCAAUUAAAGGCGGUUUUAAAAUGGCAUAUGAAAUACUUGGUGCUGGAGCAGUCGCUUGCUAUGCUGUAGGCAAUAGCAAUCCUAAGUUCUCUUACCCAACAUGCUCAUACCAGUGCCUGAACGAACCUCAAACCAUACAACAUCUGCAGAAAUGUUUACGUCAAGAACCAUGGAACCAGAAUGUAAGGUAUUUGCUUGUUCUCAAUCUGGUGCAGAAGGCACGUGAAGAGAGAUUUCCUCGUCAUCUUUGUAUUAUACUCAGGCGGUUGAUAAUUGUAGCCCUUUCCGAUGAACUUUAUCAUAAGCCAGGGAUUGCUUUUAGAUAUAUGAAAUUCCAGCUUCUACUUUGCGCUUCAGAGAUCUGUUUGCAUGACGGUUAUCUGAUUGACUGCAUCAACCAUGCCAACGAUGCUUCAAUGAUUAGACUUCCUGAUGCUUAUCUUUUCUUUGCACACUUGCUAUUAUGUCGUGCUUAUGCCUCAGAAGGUGAUGCAGUAAACCUUAAUAGAGAGUAUAUACGAUGCUUGGAGCUCAGUACAGAUUAUAAUAUUGGUUGGUUGUGUCUGAAGUUCAUUGAAUCUCAUUAUGAAUUGAAAACUGGUUUGGAUACUUUGGAGUUGAGCUUCAAAGAGUGCUCAAAGGAAAUGAUGAAUUCAUCGAAUAUGUGGAUGGCUCUAUUCAAUCUGGUUCAAGGUUUGAUGUCUUUAUCCAGCCAGGAUACCUCUUCCGCAGAAGGGUUUCUUUCACAAGCUUGUUCUUUAGCUGGUGCUGAGAGCACUCUCCUGCUUUGUCAUGGUGCCACCUGUAUGGAGCUUUCACGCCUGGGCUAUGAUUCGCAGUUCUUAUCACUUGCUGUAAGGAGUCUCACUAAAGCUCAAGAAGCUUCUCUCAUUCCCUUACCAAUUGUCUCAGCAUUGCUAGCUCAAGCAGAAGGAAGCCUUGGUUCAAGAGAGAAGUGGGAGACGAACCUUCAUCUUGAAUGGCCUACUUGGCCACCAGAAAUGAGACCUGCAGAACUGUUCUUCCAGAUGCACUUACUUGCAAAACAGUCAAAAGCUAGUACAGACACUUCCAGUAUUGAGUUCUGUCAGAGUCCACAGGGAUGGGUUCUUCGAGCAAUCCAUACAAACCCUUCUUGUAUGAGAUAUUGGAAAGCUUUGCAGAAGCUUGUGGAAUGAGUUGCUAAUCGAGAAGAUGGGGCAUGUUUUUCACAUCAUGCAUUAUACAAAGUAUGCUUCCUUCUUCAGUGUAGCGUUGCUAUUUAAUAUUUCCGAAGCUAAUUUAAUCUUCCUUGUGUACCAUAUGGAGACCCGCCUACAUCUUACGUGUUCCCUAGAUUUUCCAACUUGUAGAUUAUGCCAUCAAUGCUGACCCGUGUUGUAUGUAGUGCCAGAAAGUUAGGUCAAGUCAUUACAGAAAUAGCAGCCUUUUGUACAUCAAAAUAGAUAUGGGAAAUAUAUUGUAUCACUCUGCUCUGCAAGUAUUCCUGUUUUAAUGAUUUAUAUCUUGUA